AUGGAUUUCGAUGGAGGUGAUUUUGAGUGUGAAGAUUAUGACCCAUUCCAGGAGGAUGAGAACACCUUGGGGUUUGCGGAAGAGGGUACGGAUGUAUUGGCCGGUGGUCCCAUGAUAAGUUGUGGCAAUGCGACGGCUGAGGCUUUAUCUGUUGAACAGUAUCAAGUACCUGCAGUUCGUGUGGUCAAUUGCGUGGUGGCCUUUUACACAGGUUGCCAAUUGGACUUGAGGUUGGUCACGGUUAGUACACGUAAUGUCGAAUACAAUCCCCGCAAACUUAACGCUGCCGUCGUCCGAUUCGUCGACCCACGUCUCACCGCUUCCGUCUUCCCCAACGGACGCGUAACUCUCGCCGGGCGCGCUUCUCUUCCCGCCAUUAAAAAGACUGCGAAGACGCUAGCCAAACUACUACAAAAAAGCGGACACCCAGAAGUCACUUUCAACAACUUCAAAAUCUGCACACUCGUCUGCACCGCCAAUUGUGGCUUUCCUGUCCGGCUCGAAAACAUUGCUCAGGACCAUGGCCCCUUCUGUUCAUAUGAGCCCGAAAUCUUUUGCGGCCUGGUCUACCGAUUUAACCCGCGACCAGAACUCAAGGCGACCGCUCUCAUCUUCGUCUCUGGCCGCAUGGUCAUCUCCGGCUGCACUUCGCCUCGAGACGCAAACGAAGUGUUCCACUCCCUGUACGCAGUGCUCUACCGGUACCGGGCAUAA